GCGUGGAGAGAGUGAGAUGAAUCCACAGAGAGGGAGAGAGAGAGAAAGAGAGAGAGAGAGAGAGAGAGAGAGAGAGAGAGAGAGAGAGAGAGAGAGAGAGAGAGAGCAGGUAGAGAAACAUAGACGCAAAAAGGGGAACUUGCAUCGGUGGGCAGAAGUAGAGAAAAAGGCGUCUGGACAGUAUUGAGGAUCAGCUCAUGAGAGAAGGAUCGAGACGCAUCCACAGCCAACACAUGCCUGUUUUUAAGAUGCUCGAACCCAAGCAGGAUGAGCCAUGUGACCUCAGGGGCCGGAGGAUGACCUCUGAAGACGACCAUUCCCUGGGCAGCCUCUCGGACGCUUCGGCCACCACAGCAAGCAGCCCUCAAUCCAGAAGUCUGACCCUGCUAGAGGAGCUGUGCACGUCUCUGGAGGAAACCUGCCACCCGGUGCCUCCAACACCUCCACCUUCCACCGAAGGAGACGACGGCAGAAGCACAGAGAGCAGCAUGAACGAAAUAUGGAGGGAGGAUGAAUGCAAAGAGAAGGAAACCACAAGAAUCACAGAAGAAUCUGACUUUUUGCAUGCACAAACAAAAGACUGCGAAGAUCGCGAUGACAAGCAGGUGAUCAUUGAUGAAGAUAACGCUUCGGAGGUGGCAGACACCAACGCUCCAUCAUCAUCCUCGUCGUUUAUCAUCCCAGAACUGCGCUUAGAUCGAUCCUACAGCGCUGACGCUCUCUCCACUCCUGGAACCGAUGAAGAGUAUGAUGAGGAUGAAGAUGAUGAGGAAGAAGAAGAGGAGGAGGAUAGUGAUGAUAACUAUUUAGAGCGCAGUGAUAGUAAACGGAGGAGCAUGGUGGAGGCGGGUUCUUGCGAAAAGCAUCCGGGUGGGUUAAGCGUGCAGAAUUCGCUGCGCAGACGCACACACAGCGAAGGCAGUCUUCUUCAGGACCCGCGAACAACAUGCUUUACUUCUGAUAAUGCGAUCAACUGUAUGGAGGUGUCAGGAGCGCAUAAAGGAGGCUGGACGCUUCCGUCUCCAAAAACCCUGAAGAAAGAGCUGACCAAGAAUGGAGGGUCCAUGCAUCAGCUGUGUAUGCUGUUCUCUGGGAGAAAGCUGAGCGCCGGCUCCGAGUGCAGCUGUGACGUGGGUCCAGACGGGACCAAGAAGAAGAAAUCCAAAAACCUGGCCAAAGACAUGAAGAACCGACUGGCUUUCCUGAGGAGGAGGAAUGAGUCUCCUGGAAGCACCCCGGCCAGCAAACUCGACAAAACCAUGAAGUCUGUCAAGCCCACUCCUGAAGAAGCCAUGAAGUGGGGAGAAUCUUUAGACAAGCUGCUCGUCCAUAAAUAUGGACUGGCGGCGUUCAGAGCUUUCUUGCGCACAGAGUUUAGUGAAGAGAACCUGGAUUUCUGGCUGGCCUGCGAGGAUUACAAGAAGAUUAAAUCGCAGUCUAAGAUGACAUCGAAAGCGAAGAAAAUCUUUGCGGAAUUCAUCGCCAUCCAGUCCUGUAAGGAGGUGAAUUUAGACUCCUACACCAGGGAACACACUAAAGAGAACCUGCAAAACAUCAACCGCUCCUGCUUCGAGCUGGCCCAGAGGAGGAUAUACGGCCUGAUGGAGAAAGACUCGUAUCCUCGGUUUCUGCGCUCAGAACUCUACAUGGACUUAGUGAAUCAGAAGAAACCAAGCACCACAUCGACAUCAUCCUCGUCCUAAAUCAAGAGAGAGAGACUGAGAAAAGUAGUGUCAUUGCGUUUCAUCGUCAUCAGCCAUUCUAACUGUCGUUCAUGUGGCGAAAUGCACAAAGGCGUCGUUUACAUAAUGAGGAUAAUGUAAUGCGACUCGACCCAAUGGGGGCAGCGCCAUGCUGAAUAAUGCUGGUUAUUCCCAUUCAAGUUUUGUUAUUUAAUUUGUAUUCCAAGUGUACUGGAGAGAAUAUUUAACACUAAGACAGCUGGGUACUGUUUAGCCUCUUCCUCCUCUUCUGAUCGAGCACUGCUGGCGCCACCGAUCUCCCUUGAAAACCUCAUCCCCUGCGGAAGUCUGGACGGAAGAUCAUCAUGCACUUAGCGCUCGUUGUUGUUCCUGUAAACCUUCCUCCAUAACACAUGACUGAGCUGAUGCAAAACGUCAAAUAAUGCUUUAGAGGACCAAACUGAGAGCUGAAUCAGUGGAAAUGGACUAUCGUUGGUCUCUAAAGACGAUCCAAAACAUUCGCUUUUCCACAAUCUGCAAAGCCACUCCAUGUAGCUCCACGUUAAGAACGGAAGAGACCGUAUUCUCAGGACAUUAUGGCACUCGACUAUGAAGCUUCCAGACUUAUUUAACCUUUCGUUUCUACGCUAAUGUCGUUUUCCCGGACUUUAGGUUUAAUAAUCAUGCACUCUACUAUAUUUAAUAGGGUUGAAGGUCAGUUAGGAUCUGACCCUUGUCAAUAAGACGACAUGUACAAAACAAAAGUAGUUAUUUAUUUAGACGUUUCACUGGUUGCUUUCUUCAUUGCACUCGGCUGAAGUUUCCCACUUUUGAUCCAGGUCCGUAGCAGUCCUGAUGUAAGUGCAAUAUGUUUAUUAUUUUAAUUCGCCGACUUAUCUUAUUGAUAAGUUGACCUUUUUUAUGAAGAAGACAAUGGAUUGAGCUCUGUAUUAAUUCUAUUGUUAGUUACAGGUAAUGUAAGGAUUACAUUAGCACAUGAUUUAUUCUAAACUGUGUAUCCCUGGCAGCAGGCAGCCGGGUUUAAUGGAUGUACAUAUGAUUCUUAAGAAAAGAUGAUAAAACGAUAAAAACACACACGCCACGUAGCGUUGUUGUACCUAUGUAAAUAUGUGAAGCUAUACAAAUGAUUAUGUAUUGUGACGGACGGGGUGGAAAUACGAGAACGGUCGUCCUCUGCCUUGGACGCACACUGCUUGUAAGUAGUUUUAUGAAAUGUAUUUGAUCAUUUUCACUGUUUACAGUUCCAACGCAUCUCCUGUGAUAGCAAGUGCAAGAGAAAUAUAGAGAUUUAAAAAGCCAGUUGUCAUCGCAAAAACACAAAUAAAACAUUUAGGUGGUAAAAAGCUGA